AUGGUUUGUCUCUUUUCAAAUGGCUAUAUUACUUGGCUCAGCUCAAUAUCAUCGCAGCCUUCUAAUCUCCCCAAUCUCCGGAGGCUGUUCGUAGAGGCACGAACUGACGCUGAAGAGACUGCCUACUCAAGAAACGCGUUCUACAAUCUAGUUCUUUUCAUGUCCUCAGUUGCAGUCUUUAGUCUUGCGGCCCAACGCAUGACUGAGAAACGGAUUGCAGGCUGA